AUGGAAAUGCGCAAAAAGUCCUUGCUCAUUGGCAUCAAUUACCUCGGCAGCGACCACCAGCUCAAUGGCUGUCACAAGGAUGUCGAAAACAUGGCCGAGUUCCUCAGCUACCGCGGCUACUCGUCCGAUCCCCGGUCCCAACUGACCCCCCGACAGGCUGCCAUCGACUGGCUCGUCAGCGAGCCCGGCACCUGCAACUUCUUCCACUACUCGGGCCACGGCGGACAGGUCCAAGACCCGACCGGUCAGCGCCCCUCGGGCAUCCUCGACACCAUCUGCCCCGUGGACUUUGAGGAGCGCGGGCAGCUCGACUCGGACACGCUGCACCAGCACCUGGUCUCGCGCAUGCCCCCCAACAGCACGCUCUUCGCCAUCCUCGACUGCUGCCACUCGGGCUCCGCGCUCGAGCUGCCGUACGUGUACCGCACCGACGACGAGGGCAACGUCAGCCUGCUCGACAACAUCCGGCAGGGCGUGCGGCUGAUGGGCGAGGCGUCGGACCUGCUGCGCGGCGGCUUCAGCUUCGACAAGCUGGCCGAGGCGCAGGACCUGUACGCGGGCGCGACGUCCUUCUUCCGGUCCUUCCGGCACAUGGGCGAGGAGCGGCAGGAGGCGGGGCUGGGCGAGGACGAGGACAGCAGGAUGUACCAGCAGGAGCACAAGAUGGUGACCAUGUUCUCGGGAUGCCGCGACGACCAGACGAGCGCGGACGCCAACAUUGGCGGCGUCAGCGAGGGGGCCAUGUCGUGGGCGUUCUUGCAGGUCAUGAGGCGGUUCCAGAACCCGAGCUUCUUGCAGGCAAGUUUGAACCCGACCCGUGCCGUCCAGGAUCCGAAAGGCUAA